UUGUAGUGUUUCACAGGGUUGAAGCGUGAAGGGCGAAGAUAGUCACUGAAAGAGAAGUUGAAGUUAGUAGCGAAGAAGUGGGAAGAAGGAAGCACUCACCGGCGGCGCAGAGACAUGACCGGAGAAGAAUAUUCCGGCCCUGCCGGCCCCAAGCUCCUCCGUCUCGUCUACUUCGUCGGCGCCGCAGUGAUCUGCACCGCCGCAAUCAACAAGUGGCGCGAAUACGAGAGGAACACCGUCAUCCGGCAGCAGCAGCAGCAGCAGCAGCAAGUCGUGGAGACGCAUAAUUCGUCGGAAUCUGUGGCCGUUCCCAAAACUCUCAAAUAAAGAAUCAGUAGAAGAGGCUCAUAGGAAAUUGAGUAAUUGACAAAUAAUUCUGACUGAAGUUAUGAUGCAAAGCCACAGGUUUAUCUUCUGUAUAAAAAUAUUGGGUUAAUUUUCAGUUGUAUUGCAUGACAAUGCCAACAAUCUCAUUACUCUGAACCUUGUUAAAGAAAAUAUUUACCGAGUCUGAAUGUUUUAUUGAUGUCUCUCAUGAUAGAGGAGGGAGGACAAGAGAACUAUGAUAUUAUACUAACAAUCAUUUACCAAGCUGAGCCUACCGGUUUACUAAUCUAAUGUUGCAAUUAUAAAUAAAUGACUUCUUGGUAUUAA